GUUUACACCACUUUAAGAUGGAGACUCCUCCCUUGCCGCGUGUUUUCUCUCCUGUCAGGUCAUACACCGGCGGAAGGUGAAGGAGUGGACCGCAGACGGACUGAGGUGAAGGUCCUGUAAGGAGAUAAACUGCAGCAGACGUGUUGACGCCGAGUUUUCUUCAGGUUGUAGAGGAUGCUCUACUGCAGUACUCGAGGUGGGGUCCGUGGACGGGACUUCAGGGAGGUUCUGUUCUCUGGGUACGCUCCAGAUGGAGGGAUGUUCAUGCCGGAGACGCUGCCUGUGCUGAGUCCAGAAACCCUGAGGGGCUGGAGGGGGCUGCAGUACACCAGGCUGGUGGUGGAGAUCUCCUCCAUGUUCAUCCCUGCUCAGCUGAUCCCCAGAGACGACCUGGAGGUCCUUGUGGGUGAAGCUCUCUCAGGUUUCUCAGUUCCUAACGUGGUCCGGAUCGCCAGGCUGAAGGAUGGGCUGUCGGUUCUGGAGCUCUUCCAUGGAGAAACUUUAGCUUUUAAAGACCUGGCUAUGAGCUGCACCGUUCACUUCCUAAACUACUUCCUGCAGAAAGACAGCAGCAGAGCCGUCGUUCUCGUUGGAACAUCAGGAGACACCGGCGGCUCGGCCAUCCAGAGUGCCAAAGGUCUUCCUGGUCUGGAUGUUCUGGUGGUCUACCCACGGGGUCGGAUCACUGCGGUUCAGGAGAAACACAUGACCACCUGCCUGGAGGAUAACGUCCAUGUGUUUGCAGCCGACGGCAGCUCAGACGACAUCGACCGACCCCUGCGCCGUCUGUUUGCUGAUCAGAACCUGGUCAGGACCCACAGCCUCAUGAGCCUCAACUCCGUCAAUUGGUCCAGAGUCAUGGUCCAGAUCGCCCACUUCUUCUACGCGUACCUGGAGCUCAGUGGUGUGGAGAAGGCCGAGGCGGCGGCAGACCUGCCGGACCUGGAGGUGGUGGUUCCGACUGGAGGAGCAGGAAACAUCACAGCUGCCUACAUCGCGAUACAGAUGGGGUUGCCUCUGAAGCUGGUUGCCAUGGUGAACUCUAAUGACAUCGUGCACAGGACGGUAACCAGUGGUGAUUUCUCCAUGGCAACGAGCGUCACCCAGACUCUGGCUACUGCCAUAGAUAUUCAGGAUCCAUACAACAUGGAGCGGAUCUUCUGGCUGCUGCUGGGCAGAGACGGAGCUUCAGUGAAGAACAUGAUGGAGGAGUUCCAACGUUCCCAUCGACACACGCUGCCAGAAAACCAUCGCAAACUGCUGUCGGAGGUUCUGGUGACCGGCACCGUGAGCGAUCAGGGAAUCCUGGAGACCAUGAGGAGGUGCUGGGAGGAGAACCAGUAUGAGAUGUGUCCUCACACAGCUGUGGGUGUGUGGCAUCACUACCAGCGUCCUCACAAACCCGGGACAAGCAGAUGCUACAUUGCUACAGCAUCUCCAGCCAAGUUCCAGGCAGCAGUGGAGAAGGCAGGCCUGCCCUAUGACCCUCCUGAGGCUGUGCUGGCUUUGGACCAGUUACCUACUCGGUACCAGAACCUGGAGAGGAGCCCGGACUGGUGCAAGGACUGGGAGGAACGACUGAGAGAGUGGAUCCAGUUGGUGAGCAGAACCAGGAAGGAAGGAGGAACUUGUUACGCUCAGGCUCCAUAAAGACGGUUUUUCUAGACGUCUUCUUGUCUCUUGAGUGGACUUUGUCCUGAGCUGACAUGUGACCCGUCCUCAUGUUUGAACAGUGAUGUCAUAAACCUAAUCAGCAAUAAUCAUCUAAUUUCUGCAAAUCUUAAAGUAUGAAGAUAAUUAAAUGCAGACUGCCAGUGUUGUAAUGUUUAACUUUCAUUGUUUUUUAAGAUCUAACCUCUUUAUAAUAAAACUAAAUCAUGUGUCUGAAUGAGCAAAGAAACAGCAACUCAAACUCAUUAAAAAUAACAAAUAUUUGAGACAUUUUUGGCAUCCAUGGAGCUGCAGUCCUAAUCUCAGUACAUGACAAUAAAUCUAUUUUAGUCUGUUCUCUGAAGGUUUUUUAAGUUUACAGUCUUACAUGUCAGGAUGUUAAAUAAAUCCUCAGGUUCUUAUUUAACCUGAAAUAAAUAAA